GUCCCACUUUACUAUGAAUUCCUUUUACAACGCGGCCAUCUCUUCUCCUCGAAUCCAAUCAUUUCUCGCUUCUUCCUUCCACAACCCAAAGUUUCAAUCUUUGCCUAUUGUUCCUUUCUAUCUCGUUUCUUCUUCACCAAAAGCAGACUAGGAUCUGCAAUUUCAUGGCCGCUUGCUUCGAUGCUUCAAUGGCAGGCAUCACCAAAGCCAGCCCUCUUUCCCCGAGAAAGCCAAGCGGCUUCCAAAUCGACGAUAACUCGAGCAAUUUCGUGAAAUUGUGCCAAUCCUCUUGCUCCGAUCGUGUCUCCGCCGUGACUGUUUGCAAGACCCAAGCCAGAACCCAUAAAACCCACAUGGUUCUGGAGAAAGUCGACCAAAACGAACGCGAAGAAGAACAAGAAGACGAUGUAUGGCUGAAGCUGCAACACGAAGCGCGAUUAGAUGUACAAGAGGAACCCAUCUUGUGCACUUACUAUUACAGCUCGAUUCUCUCUCACGAAUCACUGGAAAGCGCGCUGGCCAAUCACCUCGCUCUCAAAUUGAGCAGCUCGAGUCUCCCUAGUGGAACCCUAAACGACAUCUUCCUGGGAGUCUUCACAGACCAUCAAGAAAUCAUGCUCAGAGUGAAGGAUGAUCUUAGUGCAGUGGUGGAAAGAGACCCUGCUUGCAUAAGCUAUGUUCAUUGCUUCUUGAACUACAAAGGCUUUCAGGCUUGUCAAGCACACAGAGUGGCUCACCAGUUGUGGUUACAAGGAAGAACGGUCUUAGCGAUUCUGAUUCAAAACAGGGUUUCCGAGGUUUUUGCAGCAGAUAUACAUCCAGGAGCUAAAAUGGGAAGUGGGAUUUUGCUUGACCAUGCUACUGGUUUUGUCGUGGGAGAAACUGCAGUGAUUGGUAACAAUGUGUCAAUUUUGCAUAAUGUGACGUUAGGAGGAACUGGUAAGGCUUCUGGGGAUAGACAUCCUAAGAUUGGUGAUGGUGUGCUUAUAGGUGCUGGGACUUGUAUUUUAGGAAACGUUAAGAUUGGAGAUGGUGCUAAGAUUGGUGCUGGUUCUGUUGUUCUUAAGGAUGUGCCUCCAAGGACUACUGCAGUUGGAAACCCAGCUAGGUUAGUUGGAGGCAAGGACAACCCUACCAAGCUUGAUAAGAUCCCUAGCUUCACCAUGGACCAUACUUCUCAUAUUUCUGACUGGUCUGAUUAUGUUAUCUAGAUUCCCAGAGGCUAAUUCUCAACCAUGCGUAUAUUAAGCAAUGGUAGUGUAUUUAGGACGUUGGGGUUAGAGCUAUCUGUUUCUUCAAUAUCAUAUCAUAUGAGAGACCAUCAAAGUUCUAUUAGCAAACCGAGCUCAUUGAGGGCCCAUUAUGUGUUUAGUAUCAUUUAACUCUUAUAUUUAAAGAAACCAAGUUAUAUCAGUGUUUUAUGUGUUUGAUUGACGCUGGUUUUGGUGCCAGUAUUUAGUAUGUUAAUUUAGAGUUAAUGCCAAGAGAUUUUGAUUUUGGCGUUUUGAUAUAUGAGAGGGGGAGAGAGACGCAGAGCUUUUUAGGAGGCGUAUCAGAUACAGAUAUGCAGAGCAGCUUGAGCUAUUAGUUUAACCAGUAGUCAAUUAAAUGAAGCACAGGAAGAAGGAUAAAGUUAUGGUUGCAGAUUUAUAAAUCAGUGGAGGCUUCUGAGCGCAAUCACACUAAUCAGUGUUAUAUAUUAUGUUCUAUGUAUCUGGUACACUCAUGCGUCCAUAUUCAUCAAACAGUGAUGGAAGGGCAAGAGCCUGUACAUUUCUGUGUUGAAGCUUGUCUUGUAGUAUUAAAGUAGAAUAUAUUAGCUGUC